CUCCCUCUCUGUCCGGCGGGCCCAUCCGUCUCAGAGAAAGUUCCCGACUCUUAAAAGCUGUUCGUCCCCGAAAUUAAACCACAUACACUGUUGUCUGUGUCGGCACGGUUUGGGGACGUAAACGCCACACCUCCCAGCUUUGAGAAGAAGAGGUGGAGGUGGGGGGGGGGGGGAGAAGAGUUACGUGUCUUCAAAACGAUGAAAAGUUCUUGACCUCACAAGAGCUAGUAGGAACUGACAAGAUGCUUUCCAGUGUGGAUGGACCAGUAAGCCCCCUUGGCAGAGAAGGCACUGGCAACAACCACAACAACAAUAACAACAACAACAGUAAUGAAGACAGUGGAAACUCAGGAUCCCAGUAUGCACUGUGUGCUCUGGGGGUUGGGCUUGUUGCCCUCGGUGUUGUGAUGAUCGUGUGGAGCGUGGUACCUGCAGACCUGGCCGGUAACAGCAGCAGUUCGGGAGAAGAUGGUAACACAAGUGGCAGGAAACAUAAAGCGUCUUCCGUGGCCUUUGUCCUGGUCGGGUCUGGGGUGGUCAUGCUGCUGCUGUCCUUGUGUCUGGGAAUGAGGAACAAGCAGCGGGAGCAGCAGAGGCUUCAGGAGGCCCAGAACCGCGGAGGAGUGGCAGCAAGGGAGCAGGAGGAAAGACAAACUGCCGAGGAACAAGCCCACCGUUACGCUGUACCCAGCUAUGAAGAAGCAGUGGGCAGUGGCCAGUACCCUGUCAGUAAGAGCAGCCUUGGCCCCAGCACCUCCCAGCUACCCUCCUACGAUGACCUUGUCCAAGUUGAUGGUGUGCAGUAUGAAUUUGAGGGGUCGGAGGUCACAACUACCGUAUCACAGCCCGCUCCGACUCCAGCUGCUCCCACUGCUGCUGCUUCCACAUCAAAUCGCAGACCUGGGAAAAAUAGCCGCAAGCUCCUCCCUAUAAAGAUCCGCAGGAUUAAAUCGGAGAAGCUGCACAUGAAAAACUUGGAUAACUCAUUGCCAGCAACUGGAUUCAGUAUAGAACCACUUACCCCACCGCCGCAGUAUGAGGAUAAAGUGCCUCCGCUUUAAGAUCAAGCUGAUCCUGUUUAAAAACAAUCUACUGAAAUUCCUGGAAUCCUCCAUGAUCACCUUUUUGUGGAUCUGGAUCUGUUUGUUUUUUUUAAACCAAGACUUAAGGAUGGCUCUUCUCGCAGAACAUUCUCAGUGGCACUUUUUAAAAGAAUAAAGUACAGUAUUCGUUCUAAUACAUAAUUCAUGCCACAUCCCUCCAAAGCAUUGAACAGAGAAACCAUUAGUUUUUUUCAAAUUUUGGAUCUCUGAAACAGACACUGCCAGAUAGUGAUGGACAUAUUUGCUGGAACUUUCCUCACUGGGACAUAUUCUGUCACACGGUGGCACAUUGGAUUAAAAGAAAACGCACCAAAUGCAGUUCUACUUUAUGUCAAAGUCAUUUUCUGUUCAUGCAUUUCACUUUAUGUGUUUCACUGAGCACCGACUGUACAGGUGAGGUGACGUGAAAGAGAUCAUAGGACAUCAUUGAGCGGUUAUAGUGAGGAUUUGUGUGCACACUUAAAUAGAUAUGUUCAGGGCAGUCAUUUAGUGAAGUGGCUGCUGUUUGGACAGUGUUUCACCCUGGGAGGGAUUUGGAUUACUAGUGCCAGCGGUUUACUAAAUGUAGGCUCUAUGGUGAGUGACUGAGCGUUGUAUGUACUCAGCUGGCAUGACCUGAUGUGGCAUGCUACACAGAAACUCUCCCUCAUUGUCAACGAUAAUGUAUAUCCAGGCCCUCUAGAGCUUUGCAGAAAAUGAGGGACAUUUUUGAUAUGUUGACUGAUGUUAGAGAGUCUACUGUAUUUGUAUUAGCUUCUGUUGCACUGGCUUUUGGUUCAGAUGGGUUUUCUUUAUCCGUCUCCUUGAAAAGCUGAAACAUGGCACUGGGGUUUUCUUUGCAUAUUCUAAGAUUGGAUAACUACUGGAGAGCAGAACUUCUACUUAUGACCAAGAUAAAACAAAGCUUUGUUAGCAUUUAUCAGCUACAGCUCCCAUGACUCUUAGCCAUAGGCACUCUACCAAAACCUAAUGGGAAUUGUAGUUCUUGAAUGCUAACAAAAAAUCACUUGUUUUAUCAAGGCACUAAAACGUUACUGUCCAGUAUAGUAGAGUAUAUUAAAGAGAAAACCCAAGUGUCCUGUUUCUCCUAAGAAAGACAAAACCCUGUACGGCACACGGUCUGGUGAAAAGGACUGGAAGUUAGUUUGACUAACUAACUUCAGCUGUGUAUGAUUUAAGGUUGUGGAUAUUACUUUACUGAGCAGGACGUGGUCAGAACCACCUAAAUGGCUGCAUUUAGUGUUGGUUGUUUCAGUGGAUACGCCAUGACUUGGUAUCUUUACUUCCCUAAAGCUGUAAUGAGGAACUUUGACAGAAACAGAGCUCUGAGAUGCCGUCAUCUUAUCAAUUUGUCAUGGAUAACUUGAAAGCAAACAACUGCCUAACUGCAGAAUAAGAUUAGCAUGCCAUUGGAGUCGAUUUUUUAGCUAACUAAUCAAUGCAAGUCCAAAUUUGAUUGCUUUUAGAAACAUAGCUGCGUCUUCAGCUCACUGUUGACCCGUUUCCUUUGCCUCUGUGCCGUUUGUUGCAUGCAGCAUGUAGAAGACAUGCAUAUUCCAUGAGACUCCACCAUUACAGUCAACAUAAAAAAACAUAAAAUAUGAGAUUCCGAGCUGGUUGUAACGUACGACCAAACAGCCAUUCAAAAGUGUAAACCGGUUGGAUAUCAGUUAGGGAGAGAAAAGGUGGGGGCUCUGUGAUGGAUUUAAUGGCCAACAAUGGUCACUAUUAGGUUACUUUUAAAGAUAAAUGACUUUCUAGGAAGUUGACGUCCUAAUUUCAUGGAAUAUUUAAACAGUGGUAAUGAUAACUGACUGCAGCAAACUUAGUUUGCCCUCCAGCUGUACACACCAAAGUACACUUAAGUGCCUUUGUGUUCACAACAACACUGCUGCUCUACAAAAAGACAUUGUAUGACUAAACCUGAGCUCUAAUGUUGCACUUCCAACGCAAUGUUGCUUUGACUCUCGCAAACAGCGAGUGGAGAAUGAAGUAUGUGAGCGCAUAAUGGAGGGAGCUUGGGAAUAGUUGAAAGCCAUGAAGACUACUUGUCUGUGAAGGCAGUGGUGUUGUCUCUGCUUCUCUCUUGGCUUGUUUUUGCCCGUUCCCGAGAUGACCAACAGAAAGACUCUUUGACUGUGCAGCUGCACCAUAACAACGGCAACUAUUGCUCACUGGCUUGCUCAUCUCCAUUCCUACAACCACAGCCUGACCUGCAGCCCUGUUUAAACUUAGAAGUAUGAUGAGAAUGAGCAGAACGAAGAAGAAAGACAACUGUUCAGGGAACUAUUUUAUCAUUACCUGUUAACCAACUCUCUUGUCUUCUUCUUGUCAGACUUGUUUUAAUACAAAAAGCUGAAGCCAAUUGAAUUGUUCAUUCUGUUAAACGUGACAAAUGUUAUGAAGUUGAAUGAAACACUUUUCCUCAUUUGUUUUGUGGCACUUUUCCUUAGUGACGUCAUCACCCAGUUCUACACCAUGUUUUGGUAAAACUCAGUGUAGGUAGUGCAAAGGAAGCUACUCAGUCAUCGUCAGAUAAUAUAUUGUAAUGUUUUCUGUUAAGCAAAAGGCAACAAGGUCAUUUAGUCACUUCAUGUUUGUCAUUGAAAUUCAACAUUUCAAUGUCUAUAUUCCUCUGUCUUGUUUUUCGAAGUGGAAACAUGACACAAAUUGUAUUAAUUCUUAAUUUGUUUGUCAUGGUUAGUACUGCAGACAUAGUCAUUGUACCUCAUUUGCAAAGGACUAGUUAACUAAAUGAUUGAUUUUUAUCACUUUGUAGUCAAAAUGUUUUACGUUGAUUCAAUUUGUGUUUUUUCAUUUAGCAGUCACUUUUUGUUUUACUUAGAGGAGUGCCUAAAACACAUGCUGUUUGUUCAUUUAUUAUUGCUUUUUUUUUAUAAUUCAAGUUUGUAUUUCUUGUACUGUGAAAAUGUGCUUUUCUAUGAUCGUUCUAAUUUGUUUGUGGAACAUUUGUUAUUUUCUAUGAAGAGUAAAAACCAAUUUAUCUCAUGAAUAUUUAUGGGAAAUUAAA